AUGAUAAUAGGCGAGAGGGGGAUAUUAAAGAAGCCUAUUAAAAAGUUCGUUAAAAAGCCUAUUAAGAAGCCCGUUAAGAAGCCCGCCGAAGAAAAGCCUACUGAAAAUAAGCCCGGUAUAAAGCCCGCCGAGGAGAAGCCCGCCGAGGAGAAGCCUACCGAAGAGAAGCCCGGUAAGAAGCCUAGUAAGAAGUCCGGUAAAAAGCCCGCCGAGGAGAAGCCCGCCGAGGAGAAGCCCGGUAAGAAGCCUGGUAAGAAGCUUGCUAGUAAGAAGCCCGCUGAGGAGAAGCCCGCUGAGGAGAAGCCUAUUAAGAAGCCCGGUAAAAAGCCCGCCGGUAAGAAGCCCGCCGAGGAGAAGCCCACCGAAGAAAAACUUGUUAAGAAGAAGUAUAUACGGGCUGUCUAG